AACCAGAGUCGGAAGUGUUUGUUUAGUUUUCGUAAAACAAAAUGACUUUAAACAAAAUUCGAAAUUUGUUGUCGCCGCCCGAAUGCAGAUCCGUUCAGAGGCGCCGGACCGUCCGCAGGCGCACUGCCAAUUUCUGGCUGGCGGAUGUUCGGGCUUCCUGGAGAUCCUCAGCUUCCAUCCCCUCGAUGUGGUGAAGUCCCGGAUGCAGAUACAGGGCGCUCGUCCCCUUCCCGGGGAGGUGUUCUAUAGCGGUCCUUUGGAUGCAUUCGCCAAAAUAUAUCGCUACGAGGGGCUAUCUUCCCUGUGGAAGGGCAUUGUGCCGCCGAUCUGCGUGGAAACCCCGAAAAGGGGUGCCAAAUUUCUGAUGUACGAAGUGUUUAAGCCUUACUUCCAUUUCGGGGCCCCACAUCCCACUCCUCUGACCCACGCCAUGGCCGGAUCGCUGGCCGGAACCCUGGAGUCCUUUCUCGUGAAUCCCUUCGAGAUGGUCAAAAUCACUCAGCAGGCCAAUAGGGAGAAGCACCUGAAAACAUUGUCGGUGGUCAAGUAUAUCAUCAAGCACGAUGGCUAUGGCAUUGAGGGACUAUAUCGUGGUAUAACCGCACUCGUGGCCCGAAACGCCAUCUUCCACUUUGGUUUCUUUGGUUUAUACAAUGCGAUCAAGGACUGGGUUCCCAUCUCGCAGGAUGCUACCUCUGAACUCCUUCAAAAGGUCAUAAUAGCUGGCUUUGCCAGUUCCCUCGCCUGCUUGACGAGUGUUACUUUUGAUAUGGCCAAGUGCAGGAUUCAAGGACCCCAACCGGUUAAGGGCGAGGUCAAAUACCGAUGGACCAUAAAUACGAUAAGGACGACGUUUAGGGAAGAGGGCUUCCGAGGGUUGUUCAAGGGUCUGGGGGCGUCGAUAAUGCGGGUCGGUCCGGGUGGAGCUUUGCUUUUAGUGUCCUAUGAUUAUUUUUAUGAGUUUCUCAAGAAACAAAAUAUAUGACUUUAAAUAUUUUAA